UUCAGCGAAACAACAGAAACAAAAAAGUCAGUCACACAAAUCACAAGAAGAAGAUUCACAGAAAAAACCCCUGAAACCAACAAAUUAAUAAUUUCUUCAUCUUCAUCAUCUUCUUCUUUUUUAACCCAGUCUAGAAUUUUUAUUUUAUUUUUAUUUAUUUGGGUUUAAUUUUCCCGCGAUUCCCAAAUCAAAUCAAUUGCAGUCAUCUUCAAUCAUCCCCUUUUGUUGAAUUUAUAUAUUCUAUAAAAAAACUAUAUAAUAUACGAUUAUACUAUACUAUUCCCUUUUAGAAUAUUCUAUUUUAUUUUAUUUUAUAUAAAGGUCUUAAAUUUCCUUUGUGGGGUUGUUGAUGGUAGUUGAAAAUCUUGAAUUUUUAUUAUUACAUUUUCAUUUUCUGGGUUAUUUUUAAUUUUAAUUUAAAUGGGUUUUAAAUUAUAGAUCAAAAAAAUUGGGCAAAUGCGUGUUAGAUUACAAAAGGGUGGAAAGUCAAACGAAAGAGAGAGAUGAUUCAAGUCUUCGUUCAAAGCUGCCUUCUUUGGUCGAAGAAAAAAAAAUAAUCUUAAAAUACCCUGAAAAUUCAACAUAAAUAAUUUUCUCCCUAUUUUAUCACCUUAUAUUUAUUUUGCUGAAUGUGCAACUAAUUUUCUCUUCAUCUUCUUCAUCAUAAAUUUAUUUUAUUUUUUCAUAUUCUUAAUAUCUUUAUAUAAGGUGAUUAAUUAUCUUUCUGGGUAUUAUUGCACUUUUGCAGAGAUUACUCGAUAUCUUGUGAGAUUUUCUUGUGUGUUUGAGGUUUGUUAAUAGUUGUGUGUUUCUACAAUACAGCUGGAAAAAUUUCAUAUAUUUUUUUUACUGCUUGGUGCAACCACUGGAUUAAUUUAUUGUCUACACAAGUGGAGGGAGUGUGCUAGAUUAAGCCCGUGCGACGUACGAGUUUUUGGGUCGGGUUAUUGAGAAUCAUAACACUUUCAUUUUCAAGUUGCUGUUGGAAGGAAGAAAUAAUUUUGUCAAUUUUUUUUUUUACUGGGGUUUAGAGCUUUUUCUGGGGUCAGGUAUUUAUUGGGUUUUGUUCAUACAAUUUGGUAGUUAGUUGCAUUUAAUUAAUUUCUUGGGUACUCUCCCAAAAUUUACACUUUGGGUGGUGUUCUUGUUGAAGUUGGAAGAAAAAGCCCAAAAAACCCAAAAAGAACUCAUCUUUUUACAAGAUUGAGUGAAAAUUAUUGCCAAAGAUCCCACCUUUAAUUUCUUACAAGAUUUGAGCCAUUUUUAGUCAAUAAAAAUGGUUCAUGGAAGAAGAAGAAGGAGGUUGAAUUUUAGCAAGAUCUAUUCUUUUCAUUGUGGAAAAGCAUCUUUUCAAGGAGAUGAUAUUUCACAAAUUGGAGGUCCUGGUUUUUCAAGGGUUGUAUAUUGUAAUGAGCCAAAUAGUUUUGAGUCUUCAAUUAGAGAUUACCCAGAUAAUUAUGUUAGAACAACAAAGUAUACACUUGCAACUUUUAUACCCAAAUCUUUGUUUGAGCAAUUUAGGAGAGUUGCCAAUUUCUUUUUCCUGGUAACUGGAAUCUUGGCUUUUACUCCUCUUGCACCUUAUUCAGCUGUUAGUGCUAUUGCACCAUUGGUGUUUGUUAUUGGUGUCAGUAUGUUGAAGGAGGCCAUCGAGGAUUGGCGGCGAAAUCAGCAGGAUGUAGAGGUGAAUAAGAGAAAAGUACAAGUGCAUUUUGGAGAUGGGGAGUUUAAGGAGUCAGAAUCGAGUUAUCUUAAAGUUGGGGAUGUGGUGAAAGUUGAGAAAGAUGGGUUCUUUCCAGCUGAUAUCCUUUUGCUUUCAUCUAGUUAUGAGGAUGCAGUCUGUUAUGUCGAAACCAUGAAUCUCGACGGGGAGACAAACUUGAAAUUGAAACAAGCUCUUGAAGUUACUACAUCUUUGCAUGAGGACUCCAGUUUCAAGGAAUUUAAAGCUACUGUUAGAUGUGAAGACCCUAAUGCCAAUUUGUAUACUUUUGUUGGAACUAUGGAUUAUGAGGAGCAACAAUUUCCACUCAGCCCCCAACAACUUCUCCUGAGAGACUCGAAACUUCGGAAUACAGAUUAUAUUUAUGGAGUUGUGGUGUUUACUGGUCAUGACACCAAGGUUAUGCAGAAUGCCACUGACCCACCCUCUAAGCGAAGCAGGGUUGAGAGGAAAAUGGAUAAGAUUAUAUACUUCCUAUUCUUCAUGUUAUUUUUGAUGUCUUUUGUUGGAUCUGUUGUGUUUGGUGUUACUACCAACGAUGACCUGAAAGAUGGCGUAGUAAAGAGGUGGUACCUUAGACCGAAUGCUCACCCAACAAUUUACUUCGAUGCCAAUAGAGCUCCACUGUCAGCGUUUUUACACUUCCUCACCGGCCUUAUGUUGUACAGUUACCUGAUCCCUAUCUCCUUGUAUGUGUCUAUAGAGAUAGUGAAAGUUCUCCAGAGUCGUUUUAUCAACCAAGAUAUUCUAAUGUAUCACGAAGAAACUGACAAGCCAGCUCAUGCCCGUACCUCAAACUUAAAUGAAGAGCUUGGUCAAGUUGAUACAAUACUUUCUGAUAAGACAGGCACUUUGACAUGCAAUUCUAUGGAGUUCAUUAAGUGUUCAAUUGCAGGGACAGCUUAUGGUCGUGGUAUUACAGAGGUUGAGAGGGCUAUGGCCAAAAGAAAAGGUUCACCUUUACCCAAUGGAUUGAUGAAUGGUUUACAGUCUAUUGUUAAUGAUCAUGAUGAAAUUGAGGAGGAAUUUGCUGAGGCAAAUUCUGGUGUUAAAGGGUUCAAUUUCAAGGACGAAAGGGUUAUGAAUGGCAACUGGGUAAACGAGCCAAAUUCACAUGUUAUUCAGAUGUUCUUUCAACUACUGUCCGUUUGCCAUACAGUGAUUCCAGAAGUAGAUGAAGAAACUGGCAAAGUUUCCUAUGAAGCAGAAUCACCCGAUGAGGCAGCUUUUGUUAUUGCAGCUAGAGAACUUGGUUUCGAGUUCCACAAAAGGACUCAGACCAAUGUUUCAUUGAAUGAGUUGGAUCCUGUUACUGGAGAGAUAAUUGACAGGGAGUUCAAAGUCCUAAGUAUCUUGGAGUUCAAUAGCACUAGAAAAAGAAUGUCAGUGAUUGUCGAAACUGAGGAAGGGAAAAAAAUUCUACUCUGCAAGGGUGCUGACAGUGUAAUGUUUCCACGACUAGCCAGGCAUGGCAGCCACUUUGAGGAGCAGACCAGAGACCAUGUAAAUGAAUAUGCUGAUGCUGGACUGAGGACUUUAAUACUUGCCUACCGGGAAAUAGAUGAUGAAGAGUACAGAGAGUUCAAUGAAAACUUUAACGCUGCCAGGAAUGCUGUUAGUGCAGAUCAGGAAUCACUAGUUGAGCAAGUGGCUGAGUCAAUUGAAAAAGAUUUGAUUCUUCUUGGUGCAACUGCUGUUGAGGAUAAACUUCAGCGUGGGGUUCCAGAAUGCAUUGACAAACUUGCCCAAGCAGGAAUAAAGAUAUGGGUCUUGACUGGGGAUAAGAUGGAGACAGCUAUUAAUAUCGGGUUUGCUUGUAGCUUGCUGAGACAGGGAAUGAAGCAAAUACUAAUUAGUGUAGAGACCCCAGAAAUCAAAACAUUGGAGAAGUUGGGUGACAAAGAUGCCAUCACUAAGGCAUCCAGAGAAACCGUGCUCAAACAAAUUACUACUGCUAAGACUCAACUUGAUGCAUCUGGCUCAACUUCUGAGGCCUAUGCUUUGAUUAUUGAUGGGAAAUCUCUUGCAUAUGCUCUAGAAGAUGAUAUGAAGAAUUUAUUUCUAGAGCUUGCUAUUGGCUGUGCCUCAGUUAUUUGCUGCCGAUCAUCACCCAAGCAGAAGGCAUUGGUCACAAGACUCGUGAAAAAUGGUACGAAUAGAACAACAUUGGCCAUUGGUGAUGGAGCUAAUGAUGUGGGAAUGCUUCAAGAAGCUGACAUAGGAAUUGGGAUCAGUGGUGUUGAAGGAAUGCAGGCUGUAAUGUCCAGUGAUAUUGCUAUUGCACAAUUUCGAUUUUUGGAGCGUUUGUUGCUUGUCCAUGGUCAUUGGUGUUACAGAAGAAUAACCUCAAUGAUCUGUUAUUUCUUCUACAAGAACGUAACUUUUGGAGUCACAGUUUUCUUGUUUGAGGCAUAUGCAUCAUUCUCUGGCCAACCAGCAUAUAAUGACUGGUUUUUGUCAACAUUCAAUGUAUUCUUCACAUCGCUUCCUGCAAUUGCUUUGGGAGUCUUUGACCAAGAUGUUUCUGCACGUUUCUGUCUCAAGUUCUCUUUACUAUAUCAAGAAGGUGUUCAAAAUGUCCUCUUCAGUUGGUUGCGUAUUCUCAGCUGGAUGGUAAAUGGAAUGAUCAGUGGUAUAAUCAUCUUCUUCUUCUGCAAGGAAGCCAUGUACAAUCAGGCUUACAGUAACGACGGGAGGCCUGUAGACUUUCAAAUCUUUGGAGCAACUAUGUACACAUGUGCUGUCUGGGUGGUCAACUGUCAAAUGGCGCUUUUCAUUUGCUACUUUACACUAAUACAACAUAUAGUCAUCUGGGGUUCAAUUGCUCUUUGGUAUAUCUUCCUCUUGAUUUAUGGCUCAAUGAAUCCCAACUUUUCAACUACAGGAUACCAGGUUUUCGUCGAGUCACUUGCUCCAGCACCCAAAUUUUGGCUCCUGACAUUUUUUGUGGUGAUCUCAGCUUUACUCCCCUAUUUUACUUACUCCGCUAUACAGAUGAGGUUUGUGCCCAUGUACCAUCAAAUGAUCCAAUGGCUAAGACUCGAGGGUCAAACCGAAGACCCCGAGUACUGCCAUAUGGUCAGGCAAAGAUCAAUACGGCCACAAACUGUGGGCUACACUGCCCGUGCAGCAGCCAGAAAGAAGGAUAGACGGAAAAGUAAAAGCUGAUGACAUUUGUAUAGGAUCAUUAGAGAAAAAAAGUCAUUGAGAGAACUCCUCAGAACUUGGAGGGGACUAAGGUCAAUUUUUCGGCCUGAAUUUUGUCGUCGUUAUCACUUUGAAGAUGAUUUGUACAGAAAAAGUAUACUCAACCUGUAUCAUAUGUGUCAGAUAGGGCAGAAUUAAGAGGCUAGAAUAUGUACAUUCUCGCGUUAUCUUUCCAUCAGCAACUGCUAAUAUUCUUUGGUUAUAGCUCAUAAUUGUGUAGAACUUUGUACAGAAAUCCAGUGUUCUUAUAUAUAGAGGAAAAAAAGAUGUUUUAUUCUACUA